AUUCACUUGGCAAACUCAAGGCUACAGUUGCGCACGGGCCGUACCGCGGGGUAUGAGCCGGGCGGGCCACCGUAGUCAGCUGCUCUGAGCAGGAAGUGUUCCAGGAGAGGGGGAGACUGCACCAUGGCCCCGGACCCCUGGUUCUCCACAUAUGAUUCUACUUGUCACAUUGCCCAACAAAUUGCUGAGAAAAUUCAACAGCGAAAUCAGUAUGAAAGAAAUGGUGAAAAUACAACCAAGCUUACGGUCACAAUCAGAACUUUGUUGCAGAAUCUGAAGGAAAAGAUCGCCCUUUUGAAGGACUUAUUGCUAAGAGCUGUGUCAACACAUCAGAUAACCCAGCUUGAAGGGGACCGAAGACAGAACCUACUGGAUGAUCUUGUAACUCGAGAGCGACUACUUCUGGCAUCCUUUAAGAAUGAGGGUUCAGAACCAGAUCUAAUCAGGCCCAGCCUCAUGACUGGAGGAGCCAAGCGAGGAGCGCCCAACCCUUGGCUCCUUGAAGAGCCAGAGGAGACAAGAGGCUUAGGUUUUGAUGACAUCCGGCAACAGCAGCAGAGAAUUAUCCAAGAACAGGAUGCAGGCCUUGAUGCCCUUUCCUCCAUCAUAAGUCGCCAAAAACAAAUGGGGCAGGAAAUUGGGAAUGAAUUGGAUGAACAAAAUGAGAUCAUCGACGACCUUACCAGCCUGGUGGAGAACACAGAUGAGAAGCUACGCACUGAAACCAGGCGUGUGAAUUUGGUGGACAGAAAGUUGACAUCUUGUGGUAACAGAAUGUUGUUAUUGUUGUUGUUAAAUGACACCCAUGCCAUGCAGUGUCCACAUCGCCUUUCCAUCCUCAUUGGUGCCAAUGGCGGCAGUUACUUUUGA